AUAAAUACUGCAGACAGCAAGAGAGUGCACCGAGCACAGUAGUCGUGAAAUCCCGAAGUCACUCGGACAAGUAACCGGAAAGCUCGUUAAUCACCUAAAACAGUACUUUAUCCAAAUUUUAAAAUAAAUGAUCCCUCUCGUCUCUUUCACUAUGUAACCACAUAACCAGUUAUUGGACAAUUUUAAACACGUGCAAUAAACAUUCGUGUGUGAUGAAAAAAUUAUAAGUUGAUAAGGUGGAGAAAGCGGGACCUCAAAAUAGCCCUGGUGACGAAUGCAGAGAAAAGAGAAAAUAAUGCUUCAAAGGAAGAUGGGAAAAGCUUCCUGGAAAAAAACUCAUGAGAAAUCUCGAUCUACAUCGUGCUGUGAUCCGAGAAACAUCAUAAAUCCAAUAUUUAAAUUGCAACCGUGAAUAGACUUUUUUCGAAGCAUAGAAUUCGUUUUGAAAGUUGGUGGAGUGCCAACUCUAUCGACUAUACCACAUAACCGACACCUGGUGCGGAUUCGUCACAAUGAAAUUUGAAGCACAGUUCAAACUAAGUAUCAGGAUGUAGUGCCUCGAGAAUUACAGUACUCAAGUUUCAAAUAGUGAAUUCAUUCAAAAAGCGGAAGUGAAAGUGCAGUGGAAAAGUAAGAAUGAGUCUGACUAAGAGGGCCAUAGGGGGAUCCAUUCACAGGAUACGAGAAUUCGAACUGGAAAAGGUGAAUCUAAUUGAUCAGUUUGACAUUCUUCAAAUCGUGGGUGAAGGAUGGUUCGGAAAAAUUCUUUUGACUGAUCAUCGAAGUACCCAGACGGAGAUGGUUUUAAAAGCCUUGCCAAAGGCUUACACUAGUAUUACGGAUUUUUUUCGAGAAUUCCAUUAUGGACUUCACCUAUCAGCUCAUAGAAACAUCAUCACCACGUAUGACGUGGCGUUCGAAACAGCGGGCUUCUACGUCUUCAGUCAAGAGUAUGCACCACUCGGUGAUCUUACGUCAAAUGUGACGGAAACCGGACUGGGUGAGCUGCACGCCAAAAGGGUAGCCCGGCAACUGGCGGCUGCUGUACAUCACAUACACAGCAGAGAACUGGUCCAUCGAGACAUCAAACUCGACAAUAUCCUUAUUUUUAAAAGUGACUUUUCCAGAAUCAAACUUUGCGAUUUUGGAGAAACCAGAAAAAUUAAUACUGUGGUUCGCAGGCACAACGAAUGGCUACCCUACUCGCCACCGGAAGUGCUGCAGCUAGAUACUGACGAAACUUAUAGAGCUCUUACUGCCCACGAUGUGUGGCAAUAUGGCAUCGUGGUUUUCGUAUGCUUGACUGGAUGUCUUCCAUGGCAGAAAGCAGCAUCUGACGAUCCUCGAUAUACGAGAUACCUAAACUGGCAUUCAGCGACUUUGAACAUUGCCAAGAAACCAAAAUUAUUUCAACUCAUUAGUUCGCGAGCUCAAAGACUAUUCAAAAGACUGCUAGACCCUAAGAUGGAAAAGCGACCUGUAAGUGUACUCGAAGUCAAUAAAUAUGUGGAAGAUAGAUGGUUAGCAAAACUAGGAGCAGAAAAAGCAUUAAACGGUGGUGCCGACGAAAGGGACGAAUUAUGCCCCUCGAUGUACAGCUUUCACAGUUCCGUAGAAGAAAAAAAUCAACUCCUGUACACUCUCACGCGAUAUGGAAUCGAAACGACGGUUGAUCGUUCAAAAAAGAAGGACCGGAUCAGAGAAUGGAUUCAAUCCAGUGCAAUCGUCGAAGAAAACGAAGAGGAAUCUGAGCUCGAAGAUUUCGAUGAAGAAGGGGAUGAGAAUGAGCAAAAUAUGAAAGGAAGACAUUUCCCAGAAAGGCGGCAAUCUGUAGGAACCACUAAAAAAUCCAGAGGAAUUUCUAGAGACCGAAUUCCACGAAAAAACGGAUCUACAACCAUUCAAAAAGCGAGGGUCGAUAGAACUGAAUUAUUAAAUAAAAAUAAUUCUUUGUCUAUCGUGUCAUCAAAACCGAUUGAAAGGAAGAAUCCAUUUGCUCCUCAAGUGGCUGAAGAAAGAAAAAUUGUUGCAAAAUUUGCUAGUUUUCCUAACGGGGACCCAAGUUUGGCUUUUCAGGGGAAUGGGCUUGAUUCAAUUGUUGACACGAAGCUCGCCGGAAGUCAACUUCUAAUAAAUAAAUAUAAAAAUGAAUUCAGUGAACAAACGGUCAUUCAUGGCAAAGGUUAUCUCUUCAAUAAUGAGCAAUUGAAGAAAGCUGCUACAGAUUUGUCGAGCAGUAGCGAUACUAGGAAGGAAACAAUUAGUCAUUCCCAAUUGAAUGGUGCAAAGGUCACAGUGUACAAUCAUGAACCUAGCGGCACUUCAAGCGAAGCUUCCGGUUCCAUCAGAGCUCCAAGUUUAGAGUCCUCAAAUUCGGGUCCGGUAGUUGAAGAAGCGAUUAUUGAGAAUCCCGUAUCAAGAAGUCCCCAAGCACCAAUCAGGAAGCAUCGUUCGCAAACGGCUCCAUUUCCGGCACCGGUUUCUCAUCUCGAUGGAAGUGGAAUAGAAUCAAUACCAGCUAGAAGAAGUCGUUCAGCGACAGUUUUGCCGAUCGUUAGAAGGGAUCAAAGGUCGAAUGGAAAUCCACAGCCUAUUCAAAAACAACCAACAAAUAACUUAACGAUGUCCGUAGCCUCGCAACUGGUCAUGCAAAGCUUCAAUGCUAUGCACACAUUGAAUCAGACUCCGAAACCCAUGAAACCCAACUAUCGUGAGAAAAGUUCUACUCGCGAAAAACCUCCUUUAACUUAUGGCAAAGACGCUUAUGAACAUUAUGGAAUUGCCCAAGGUGCUAUUGCUAAGUCAGAAAUAAAAAGAGCAGGAGGAUCGAAUAGCGGAAGUGGAAGCAGAUCAGUCAGUAAUUGAAAUACUGAGUGGAAUAUUUAUUUCUUCAACACUUUUCCAAAUUAAGAUUAAACAAACAUGCUGUAUGUGUUUCUUUUUAAUAUUUCUUCGUUUUAGUGUGAAAUAUUAUAUAAAUACUGAACUUUCUAAACGUAUCGUAAAUUUUAUAUUUCCUCUUAUCAAUCGUUAAAGUAUAUAUUCGAUAAGUAGAAGUGAAAGAUUAAAAAAAUUUUACUCAGGAAAAAUUUAAGACGUUGAUUUAUUUACGUUUAAAAGUCGUUUCAUAAACAUUAAAUAUAUGGAAUUAGAAAUUGAUAUAUUUUUAAAUACAUUUAGAAUCUAGAUAGGGAAAUUAAAAUUUAGA